CAAUCUUCAUUGAUUAAUAGUAAUAUUGUACCUUUGGUUUUGCGGCCUAUACAAGAUAAUAUAGAAGAAUUUUCUAUUUCAAAAAUUCUACUUGCAAAAGUUUUUAAACUUAAUAACAAGGCUAUUCGUGAA